AUGAGUUUGUCUCAAACAGGAAAGAACGGCACCACCAGUGACAGUCCGGCUCGUGAAUUCAACAACGAUGAACACGGCGAAGCGCUGAACUGUGGUGGGGGCGCGUGGAGGGGCGGCCGCCGACGGGGUGGACGGGGCCGCAGCCACUACGAGCGGGACGGCGACUGGCGCCGCGACCCCGGCGAGGAGGUGAGCGGCGGGGGGGCUCCGCGGGGCCGCGGCGGGUAUCGCCCAGGCGGUCAAGGGCCCAGGCACUACGAUAAUAACAACAACAACCGCGACAGGCAGUGGUCGAACUGGCGCCGUGGUGGAAAUGAUGAGGAGGGCGGUUACAGCGGCGGAGGCGGGGGCUCGCGAGGCCGCGGUGGAUAUGGACCCAGACACUACGAUAAUAACAAUAAUAAUAAUAAUAACCGGGACAGGGAGUGGUCCAACUGGCGCCGUGGAGGAGAAGGAGAAGAGGGUGGUGAAGGAUACCCCAGGCGUGGACGUGGUGGUCGUGGACGCUUCUAUGAUGGUGACCGUGAAUCCGAAGGAAGGAAUCAACAACAACAAGAACAUACGGAUAAUACGGAAUCCCAAGCCGCUCAACCUUACUCAGAAGAACAAAAGCCAACACAGCGUGGACGUUUUGACGUGGAUUCCUAUGACAGACCACGAGGAAGGGGACGUGAUCGCCAACCACGUGGUAGGGGAGGUUAUACCAGGGAAAGUGAUGAUAUGAGACAAAACGAGCAGCAUCAACUACAGCAGCAACAACAAGAACAAGAGCAACAACAACAACAGCAACAGCAACAACAACAACCAGAAGAAGAACAAGAAGAGGCACCAGUGAAGGAAGAUCAUAUUUCUACUAACCCUAAUCGCACACAACGUGCACCUCAUUUGCGCAAGAACUGUCAUGAUGAAAAAGAAAUUGAACAACUUUUUGAACAUCAUCAUCAGCAGAAGGGUGUUUCCUUGGAUAAUUAUGCGAAUAUUCCUGUUGAUAUUGUUCCACGUGAUGUAGAACCUGUGGAGAGUUUUGAAGAUCUUUACGUUGAACCUGCUUUGGCCUUAAAUAUUGCAAAAUGUGGGUAUAAAAAGCCUACCCCAGUGCAACGAUAUGGCAUCCCAGUCUGUCUCAAUGGUGAUGAUCUAAUGGCAUGUGCUCAGACAGGUUCUGGAAAGACAGCCGCAUUCCUCGUCCCUGUUGUUCAUUAUAUCCUUAAACACGGUGUGUCACCCGCGCGUAACCGCGUUAGUUACCCUAUUGCUGUUAUUAUGGCUCCCACACGUGAAUUGGCGUUACAAAUUUAUGAUGAAGUUCGUAAGCUAACAUACCGUACAGAUAUCUUCUAUGAUGUGGUGUAUGGUGGAACACCAUAUCCAACACGAUUUGAGAAUGACAUUCUUGUCGCAUGCCCUGGUCGUCUAAAGGAUAUUUUUGAUCGCAGUAUUGUUUCCUUCAGUCGUGUAAAAUUCCUUGUAUUGGAUGAGGCCGAUCGUAUGCUGGAAAUGGGUUUUGAAGAGCAAAUUGAAUACCUUGUUGCAUCAAGGUAUACAGAUAUGCCACAAACCAAUUCUCGACAAACACUGAUGUUCAGCGCUACCUUUCCUCAACGUAUUUUGAACCUCGCCAAGCGUUACCUCCGACAGCAAUACUAUCUUCUUACAGUUGGUCGUGUUGGGUCAACAACGAAGAAUAUUACUCAAAGGAUUGAACGUGUUCAAGAAACAGAAAAGACAGAUAAGUUGUUUGAAAUCAUUUACCAACAAAAACAAACAGAUCUUGUCCUUAUUUUUGUUGAGACAAAACGUGCUGCUGAAGAUUUACAUUACGCAUUAAAAAGUGAAGGUAUUCCAAGUGCUACUAUUCAUGGUGACCGUAAACAGUUUGACCGUGAACGUGCACUACGUGAUUUUAAAGAAGGAAUUACACCUAUUCUGGUAGCCACAGAUGUCGCUUCACGUGGUCUUGAUAUCCCUAAUGUUGCGCAUGUUAUUCAGUAUGAUUUACCUAAAGAGAUGGAUGAUUACACCCACCGUAUUGGUCGUACUGGUCGUGCAGGUAACAAGGGUGUGGCUACCUCCUUUUACAACAAGAAUAACCGCAACCUUGCUCUUGAACUUUUUAACUAUUUGAAGGAGCACGAACAGGAUAUUCCUGUCUGGCUUGAGGAGGAACGAGAAAUCGUUGAGGGUGACCGCUUCCUAGGCAUGAACCGUACACGCGGCGGCAGGAGAGGAGGUGGUGGUUUUGGAGAAAGCAGCAGCAACACCCGUGCGGCUCCAAUUCUGCAGAACUCCACUUGGGGCGAGUCGGUGCCUUCACGUGGCCGUGCACGUGGAACUGGGCGCCAACAGGGAUACAGCGGUGUGGAUGAUGGAGGCUUUUAA